UUUGUCAAUCAAACGCAAGUACACUGCACUUGUCAAUCAAAUGCAUGAACACUGCAAGCAGUUGAGCGCGCAUGGUCGAGUUAAGGAGAUCGUCAUUUUGUGUAUGUUGCCGUUUAUUACUCAAUAUUUUUAUUAUUAUUUGACCUCUAAAUACAACUUUUUAGAAUAAAGAGCAAGCAAGUCAAAGAUUAUUGAAGCACAAUACAUCAACAUGUCACAGGCCGAACAGCAAAUAAGCAAUGGAUGUGGAGUAGAACAAAGACCUAAUGGAAGUUACGACGAUGACAACGACAACAAAGACUGCCCAAACAGUCUUGCUGGCUCAGACCAUUCAAGAGAUGCGAAAAUGCCAGUAUAUCGAGACCCAAUGUAUUACAAAAUGGACCAUAAGCAUCGUGGGAUCGCCAUUAUUUUCAACCAUGAGUACUUCGAUGUCCAUGAUCUGAAACCUAGAAGAGGUACCCAGGUAGACGGCGAUAACUUGUCAAGAGUUUUGGAAAGCCUCGGGUUUUGUGUUACAAUAUACAAUAACUUAGAUUACCAUGAUCUUAUUGCUAGAGUACAACAGGUUGCUCAAAUGGACCACUCUCAUGCCGAUUGUUUGUUAAUGGCAGUGCUGACUCACGGAGAAUUAGGCAUUCUGUACGCUAAUGACACUCAUUACAAAGCAGAAAACUUAUGGAUAAAUUUCACCGCUGACAGGUGUCCUACACUGGUAGGUAAACCAAAGCUUUUCUUCAUACAAGCAUGUCAGGGAAACAAGUUUGAUGGUGGUAUAACCGUGUCUAAUGUCACAGAAACUGAUGGUUCCUCCGGCACUUACAGAUAUCCUAUUCAUGCUGAUUUUUUGAUUGCAUUUUCCACGAUUCCUGGCUAUUAUUCCUGGAGGGACUGUGUACGAGGCUCCUGGUUCAUGCAGGCCCUGUGUGAGGAGCUGCGAUGCUUUGGCACAGAGAGAGACAUACUUACUCUUUUGACACUUGUCACUCAGAGAGUUGCAUUGGAUUUUGAGUCCAGCAACCCAGACUUACCUGCUAAGCAUCAACAGAAACAAGUCCCGUGCAUCACUUCCAUGUUGACAAGAGUCCUUGUAUUCGGGAAAAAGAAUUGAACAUUACAAUCACAAUAUAAGUGAAGUAAUAUUAUUGUAACAAGAAAGGCAAUAAACUUAAUUACUGCCAUUGAAAAUUAAUGUUUAAUAUUAUUUAUACAUACACACCAUGGAUGUCAAACUUUCAGUGUUUACUAUAUUAGAUUUUUAAUUUCGUCAUUUAUAAAACCUUUACCAUGUUUACCCUUAGUGUUUACCUUAGAUACUGGUAAGGUGUUAGCAAUCAUACUUUUAUAUUUUUGAAUUUAUAUCUAUAAGAACCUUAUCACAACAUUUAUUUUUAAAUACUUACAUACAUAUAAUCACGUCUAUAUCCAUUACGGGGUAGACAGAGCCAACAGUCUUCAAAAAACUGAAAGGCCAAGUUGAGAUUGAAAUAGUGACAGGUUUCUAGCCCAUUGCCUACAAGAAAAAACCUCAAGCCUUUCCCUUAGUCGACUUUUACGAUAUCUAUGGAAAAGGUAUGCGAGUGAUCCUAUUCUAAACUGCUGGAUACCACACGGUUCAUAUAUUUUUUGAUAGUGUUUUCAAAGUUUGGAAUGUUGUUAAGAAUGCAAGUAUGAUUUCAUUGAAAAAAAAGAACGCGUCGUGAGCUUGGAUCAAGGUCAUGAGUGAAGAAAUAAAUGGCGUCGAUUGCGUAUGUAUCUACUGUUGGAUAUAAUUUUACUUAUAUUCAAACAGAUUUGUGAAUCUACUAAACACAAUUUAAUAAACUACCUACCUACCUACGUAAAAAUAGGAAAUUGAACAAUAUGUAGGUACUACACAUUUUUUUAAAUCUGUUGGAAACAGUUUAAUAAGCUACAUAAAAUUUAAUUCAAAAAGAACAUUAAAGAUGAGCUUUUUAAAAAAACUUAUUACAGCACGGAAGAUCAUAAACAUGUGUGGCUCGAGAUU